AUGAAAAAUAAAUUGUUGCACUUGGGCGGCCCACAGCUGCAAGAAGUAGCAUUCAAUAUUCCCGGUGCUUUAGUCGAACAGAGCGAAGGCGUAAAGCCUUUUGACGUAUUAGUAGCCAAACUCAAUGAGUACUUCUCGCCGAAACGAAACUCCACUUUCGAGAGACAUCUAUUCAGAAAUUUAUCACCUGUCGAGGGUGAAAACUUUAACAAAUAUUUGUUACGUCUCCGACAUCAAGUGUCAAAGUGCGAGUUUGGCAACACGACAGAGGAAAUAAAUGAAAUUUGCAUUAAAGACAAAAUCAUAGACUCAUGGGCCCCAGUCGAGCUAAAGAAAAAACUAUUAGAGAAAGAGCAAAGUUUAAGUGAGAUAGUGGACACCUGCCAAAUCUAUGAGCAGAUUGCUAAACAAUCCGUGUCAAUGUUUCCCAAAUCGGCAGAGGAGGCAGUAAAUCGAGUUUAUACGAAAUCGCACAGCGCGAAACAUGAAAAUGAUGAGUGUGGAAGAUGUAGCAAAAAGGGGCAUCGUAGUAACGACUCGAAAUGCCCGGCGAAGUUAGCGAAGUGCAAUAAGUGUUGGUUAAUGGGACAUUUUGCUAGGAAAUGCAAAACCAAGAAACGUAAAAUUACUGGCAACGAACAAAGCUCGCCGAAGAAAAGACGAUCAGAAACAUACAAGGUGCGAAAUGUUGAAAUGGACGAAGAAGAGGAAGAAGUAAAUUGCUUCAGUAUUUUCAACAACUCAUCUAUGGACGAAAAACUGCUAUGUGGUAUCGGAGGCUGCACAAUACCGAUGAUAAUAGAUUCGGGCACACGCCUGAAUUUGCUGAGCGAAAACGACUGGGAAACGUUACGAGAAAAUGCGGCAGUUUUAUGGAACGAGAGAGAAAAUUCAUUAGCCCAAUUCAAAGCCUAUGCAUCAGAUAAUGUUCUAAACGUGCUUCAAGUAUUUGAAGCGCCGAUUACAGUGAGUAAGAAGUCAGAGAAAAUAGCAACUUUUUAUGUUAUCAAGAACGGGUGCCAAUCAUUACUGGGACGUGACACAGCUAUACAGCUUGGAGUUUUAAAACUGGGUUUAGGUGUAAAUCGUGUAGAGGUUGGGCAACCGUUUCCAAAGAUGAAGGGGGUCCAAAUAAAACUAUCAAUAGACCCUACAGUCAAACCUGUACAACAACCAAUGCGUCGCGUACCUAUUGCAUUAGAGAAACAGGGUCUAUUCAGGUAUAAGAGGUUAAUGUUCGGAAUAAAUUCAGCUCCCGAAAUCUUCCAACGGGUAAUAGAAAAACUGCUAUGUUCCUGUAAUAAUGCUUUUAAUUAUAUAGACGAUAUUAUCGUAUUUGGCAAAACUGAACAAGAACAUGACGAAGCUGUAAAAAGG